ACACAACACUGAAAAUAUCCAAACACGCACAACUCAACCAUUCACGGCCGGAAAAAACCUAAGUUUGCUAACACUCACCGCUGCUCGUUGCUAAGCCUCGACCUCGCUCCUGCUCGUGAAUCGCCGCCGCUCCUGCUCGUGACGCGCCGCCGCUCCUGCUCGUGACUCGCCUCCGCUCGUGCUUCUCUCAAAACCUAAGUUUGCUAACACUUGGAGGAAGAAGAUGGAAGUCGCUUAAUUUGGUGGGGUUUUGCGAUUCAUACAAGAAUAGUCUUGAGGAACUAUGGGCACUACUGAACUUCUUGUUGCCAAACAUAUUCAAUUCAUCAGAGGACUUUUCUCAAUGGUUUAAUAAGCCAUUUGAGAGUUCCGGAGAUAAUUCAGCUGAUGAAGCCUUACUUUCUGAGGAGGAGAAUCUGUUGAUCAUAAAUCGUCUGCACCAAGUUCUGAGGCCAUUUGUUCUUCGGAGACUAAAACACAAGGUUUUAAUAUCUCUAUUAGAGUACAUCACAUACCGUGUAGUAGAAGCACAUCCAAGGUGGAGCAAUUGCAUAAAAUUUUCAAACUUUGUGGCUCACCUUCUGAGGACUAUUGGAGAAAAUCAAAGUUGCCUCAGCAUCUGCUUUGAAGAGUGAGCUGACAGAUCGGAUCAGACUACAGACCAGGAUCUACUGACUCAUCUUCUAAGGAGUCUUGCUAGUCGGAAUGGUGAACAAGGGGGCAAUAACUUGUCUAACAUUUUGCGAGAACCAGAGAAUUUGUUGAGAGAAGGGGGUUCAUCUAGGGAGUCAGAGAUGGUGCCAACUUUACUCUCCAAUGGUUCUCAAGGCUCUCCAACUGAUAUAAGACAACAUCAAACUGUAUCUAUGAAUAAAAUGCAACAAGAAGUGGUGCAUGCACAUGAUGCUAGGGCUACUGAUCAGCAGCUCAUGUCUUAUAUAAAGCCUAGCAUUUCAAACACUCCUCCAGCUUACGCAGAAGCCAGAGACAGUACCGCUGGACAAAUCAAGAUGAAUAAUUUUGAUUUGAAUGACAUAUAUAUUGACUCAGACGAUGGCAUAGAAGAUCUAGAAAGAUUGCCUGGAACUACUAAUCAUGUCACUAGCUCUCUUGAUUACCCAUGGACACAACAAGAUUCCCAUCAGUCAAGUCCACCUCAGACAAGUAGAAAUUCAGAGUCUGGAUCUGCCCACUCCCCUUCUAGUUCCACUGGAGAAGCUCAGUGUCGCACAGAUCGUAUUGUUUUCAAACUCUUUGGUAAAGAGCCGAGUGAUUUUCCUCUUAUACUUAGAGCACAGAUUCUUGACUGGUUAUCACACAGUCCUACUGAUAUUGAAAGCUACAUACGACCUGGUUGUAUUGUUUUGACAAUUUAUCUGCGCCAGGCUGAAGCUGUUUGGGAGGAAAUUUGCUAUGAUCUGACUUCUAGUUUGGGUAGGCUACUGGAUGUCUCAGAUGAUACUUUUUGGAGAACUGGAUGGGUUCACAUCAGGGUGCAGCAUCAGAUGGCAUUCAUUUUCAAUGGUCUCUUACCUUAUAACAUGGAUUGUUGAUCUCUGUAUUUAUUGCAUCUGUUUAUAGGGUUCAAAGUUGCUCACCUCCGCUGCUCUCCUAAUUUAUGCUUAUGGUGCUGGUGGCUUUCCUGCUUGGAGCAUUAAUUUGCUGAACUGUUGCAGUUUUGCUGAAUUGUUGUUGUUUAACUAUUUUGUCCUAAUUUCAUGAGCAAUUGCUGUUUAACUUCAUUUAAAGAACUAGAAUUGCUGAAUUGUUCUAGUUCUUUUAGGCUAUUAUGUUUUCUCUUUUGCUGAGACCUUGGAUGUUUAACUCACUUGAGAGAGUGUGUUCUCAAGAUCUCUUUUUAUUUUAAUAAAUUUUCAUUAAAAAAAUAUGUAUAUUCAAGUCAAA